GAAACCAUUUCUUUUUCUGUUAAGUAUCUGAUACAGCAACACAGGAGAUGGUUGGGCACUUGUUAUACCUGGGAAAGCUCAGUGAUGACACAGAUGUGAUCCAGCUAAGGAGUAGGCACAAAUCUGGAAAAGUUUACAUUGCUCCCCCACACUAUUAAUUGAAGUGUCUACAGUGUGCUGGCUGUGAACAGCUUCUAAGGAGCUGUUUCUCCUGGACACGGUCACUUCCUCAACAAUACGACAGCCUGCCAAGGUACGAGUGUCUGUCUAGAAUGUCCAGGCAUGCACAGCAGCUUAGAGACCAUGAUAUAAAUCCAUGUGUAGCGGAAACGGAUGCCUCUAGAAAAUGUAUGGAUGACAACAACUAUAACAAGGAUAUGUGUACUGCUUAUUUUUUGAAGUACAAAAGCUGCAGGAAAUUCUGGCAUGACAUUAUGAUGCAAAGGAGGAGAAAUGGUGUGAAACCAGAGAUGCCCUCGGCAGAAGAGAGAAAGAAACUGUUGGAAUCAAUGGGGAAGCCCUACUGACUAAAAACUUGCAUUGAUUGACUGUUUUCACUGUACAUUUGAAGACUUAUCAGCAGCAAGUUGCCCUUUUAUGAACUGGACUUUACAGUUGCCAUAUCUUGGAUUAAAAUAAGCUCUUUAAAUUUUGAAAUGUGUGAGCUUUCUAGGAUAGAACUUCUUGGUUUUAUUCAUAUUCCCUGUCAUGGGAACUUGGCCUCUCACUGGAAGACGUGGGUAUCAACACAGCUUAUGUCUAGACACUUUGGAAGUAGAAACUAACUUGCUGUGAAAUGCUAAAUACAAAAAUUAAUGGGACUCACAGUCUGAGAAGAGGGGGCUGGUGAGUGUUGCAGUGUAGUUCUAAGGAUGGAGCAGGUUAAAAGAUCUGUAUGUGCAACAUGUCUUUGUAUCCAGCUAUUCUGCCUAAUAUUCUGGAUUUAUCACGUGUGAUCCUAUCACUGUUCCCACAUGAGUUGUAUUCUGUGUCCCUGGUUUAAGACUGUUCAUGAACUAAAAUCCCAAAUCAACAAGUUUGUCAUUAGGUCUGCCACUGCACUCAUCAGUGACAGCAGAAGCUUGCAAUAAAUCAGAUCCACAAGCUUUCCUUGUUACAAGGUUAGAGAGGUUGAUGAAGAUAGAAUUGAACUCCUCAGGUCUGAACUGAAUAGUACCUUCUGUGGAUAGUAAAUAGAUACUUUGCUGGCGGGGAGGCAGGGGGACUUGCAGACAUGUAAACAUAUACUCUGAGUGACAUGGCAGGUUUAACUAUAGUACAUCUAUCUAAGACUCUCUGGACAGCUGAAGCCCUGGGUUUGGAAAUGCUUACUCAUACAAGACUACAAAGCUCAGUUUGAACAGGUACUCUAAUCUUAAGUAAGAUUGAUUCCUUAACUAAACUGAACAACUAGUAAGUGUAAACGGGUUGCUGUCUAGUGGAAACACUCUUUUCUUACCUUUUGUACCUUCAGGUGUCCUGGCUUAAAAGCUUGCACCCUGUGGUAAAAUAGAAAAACCACUGUCAUGAGCUCAAGUUCCAUGUGAAAUCCUUUAGGACUUACUGUGAUCAAGUUGGCAGAACUCUGGCUGACCUCAUGGAGGAUGGUGUAAAAGUGUCUCUAUUUAGACUGUUUUGGAAAGACUUCAUGGCUUCCUGUUUCUCCUUCUGUCUGGCUUGUCUUGUUUCUUUCCACUGGAGGCCUAUUUCUAUGCUUAGUGGGAUUUUUAUGCUGUUUCCACCUUUCCCCUUGUUAUUUGACCUGAUUAGUAACUAAUGGAGAUCUUCUUUUCGACCUCCUCUUCUUUCUGUCUGUUCUCCUUACACAUCUGAGUUUUGAAAUAGAUUGAUCGUACCCUUUCUGUUACUGGAAUGAGUGUGUAACUCUAUGCCUUUUGAGUAUGCAGUUCUCUGAGCAUAGCUAUGCAGCCUCCAAGCCAUGUCACAAGUUGUCUAGUCAGUUCCUGGCAAGGGAAAUAGACUUUCUUCAGUCAAGAUCAUCAGAUUCUUUAUGUUAAAUUACUUUCUCUGUACUUAAAAUUCAAACUUUGCUGAUGGUUUUUUUUUUUGUGGAACAGAGAAGAAACUUUCAUUAUAGAUUCAAAGGCUCUUUCUUGCCCACCACCUCCUUGCCACCUUCUUCCAGUACCCUCCUACAUACCAGUCUUUCCUUUUUUUUUUUUUGCAUUUGACACCAAUUCUUUUUUACAGAUUUGAGCAUUUUGGUCUGUUCUCAUUCCAACGUGUUUUUUUUUUCUAGUGACUUUGUUCUGUCUCUGAUCUAAUGGAGUCUGCAAUGACUUUCUAAUACAGCUCCUCUUGAAGGUCUUGUGUUCUGUUCUCCCUGUCUUAGUGAGAGGAGAACUCCUUGCUUUCAUUAGUCAAGCUUAGCCAUAAUACUUCCUCAUUGGCCAUGCUUCUGUUUCAUCUUGUUCAUCUGCAGUUUUUGGGGAGCUGGUUGUCCCCUUUUACUUAGGACUGUGUCUCUCUGGACUCUUCUGGUUUUGCUGCCUUGCUUGUCUAAGGGCACCUUCUCUCCCAGUUGGCACAGGCUUGUCAUUUGGCACCUCUACUGUAUCUUUGGGUGUGUUCAUUGCUCCUAUGGCUUUGGCUGCUGUUCUAGUGCUUGCUGUUUUCCUGUUGCUGUGCUCUGAUGUUCUGGGCUUACAUUAAAAUCUGCUGUAUGUUUUAGUUCUGUGGAAGAAAAACAGCAUCUCCUCUUGAUGUGUGAUUAUGCUGAUUCUUCUUUGCAUAAGCUCAAGUUCCUUAAAAUCAUCUCAUUUAUCCUAGGUUUUCCUUUCAAGUUUUCUUUGAGUGUAGAAGUGCCCUUUCUCCUAGGUUAUUGUUGCAUUUACAAUUUUUUCCUGCCAAUAUUUACUUGGAAAGUUUCUACUGUUUUUUUUUUCUUUUAAAGGAUGAUUGACUUAUCUUUAGACUUAAUAGAUACCUUACACUGCUUUGUAAAGUGUUUGUAAAGAACUAGUACUGGACUUCAGAAAGUCAGAAAAGGAGAUGCAUUCCCUGCUUUCAAGUAUCAAACAAUGCAAGAAUGUGGGAUCACAGGACAGGCUAAGGCAUAUGUAAUGCAAGAACAGUAUUCUAAUAUUAGACUUCCUGAUCAUCAGUGGACACACACGGUAAGCUCCCUGCAGGUGUUAUGGCAAAACUGAGUUUAGUGAAGAACUGAGGGCAGUUUAAGCAGUGACCUUGUGGAUUUAAUUCAGGUGAUCAGUCAUCCGUUGUAGGGAAUGCCAUUUAUUUAUUUCCAUUGCAUAUGCCUUGUAGUUACUGUUAAAGAGCACAACUUUAUGAAGAAUCUUGGAAAGCAAGAAGUUUCUUCCUCAUGUCAUAAUGCCUCUCAAGAGUAAUCCAUUAGUUAAGUCUGAGUUUUCAUCGUUUUUUCCCCCUCACUGGAGGUUGCUGUUCUUGCUUUCACUACUGAAGCUCGAGUGGUUAGUUAUAAUAGCUAAAACAUGGGCUCUUACGUAUGAAAUGGUAAGAGUUUUUUUCCAUUAAUUUUUGUAGUGUGAUUAACUGUCUUUGGUUGUGAGCCAAAGAUAAUGGUCUCUUCCUCAUACCUGAGAGCUUAUAUUCUACACUUCACUGAAACAUGGAGGUAAGCUCUAGCCUGCCAGUCUUACUGGGCAGAAAUAAACUGGGUUGAAUUCUUAGUUUUGCUAAAGCACACUCUUGUGUGCUAACCCAGAAAACAUAACACAAUGGACCAAUAUAAUUCAGAAGCAGGGAAAAGACCUGUGGGUUUGGUUUUGUUUAAUAGGUGUAAUUCUUCACUUUGCUUGUGGUACAAGGACCAAAUCUGGAUAGUGGCAUUAAUCUUUCAUUAUUUUUUUUGACAGCUGGAUGGUGCUGUUGCACAACAGAUGGUAUGAAAACAGACUCACUCCACCCACUACUGGCUUUUUUAGCCUCUUCCCACAGAGAUAGCAGAAUUCAUGCAGGAGAAAGGGAAGAUUGGUGCUGUCUCUACACUACAAACAGAAGAGGAGGACAAGAGUCUAAAUCACUGCUGGAAAAUAGGAGGUUUCUGUGCAGCCUGAGAAGCUUUGGAAUAUGGUCCUUGAAAGAGUAUUUCUCACUGUAGUCAUUUGAUCACAGCUGAGCACUGAGCAGCAGCUGUGGGCUCUCUGCCAGGCCCAGGUGAAUGUCCAGACUCCCACCUGUACAUUCUACCAUCUUACCUUUCUCAUUACCCUACAGUGCAAGGCCUUGGUAUGUUUGGCUCUGGAAACUUUGUGCUGCCACAAUUGGGAUGCAUCUGUGCUCUUGAAGGUGUUAAAAGAAAGUCAUCUAGCUUUAGAGUCUUGAAAACUUCUUUGGGUUUAAUAGCUGAAGCUUUGAAAGGCAGGGAGUUGCAUGUGCUGCAGCUCUUGAGUCUUUUUCAUGGUCUUCUAAUAAAACUUUUGCACUCGUGUGACCAAAGGCGUGCGUAUAGGGGAGGUUUCCCUAAAACUUCUGCAGAACAGAUAGGAUGAAUUUAGAGUACACAAUGUUACUCUGUUCUAAUGCCUUUGGAGGCAGCCCUUAACUCAUGUUAAAAGUAUCUGCGUCUUUAAAGUCAGUCUUCCAAAAUAGCUAUGAAAAAAGUAAUCGUGUGAAAAAAGUUUGGAAAAAUAGUAUGCUAUUGCAGGCUUUUAUUCUCUUGCAAGAAUUUGAGGCAACUGGAGGAAAUAGUUCCAUAAGUAGUAAAAAGUAAAACAAGCAUACUACUUCAGAAUUUUUUAAUUUUUUGUUGCAGCCUAUUUGGCAGAAAAAAAAAUGUAAGAGGGAAGUACUGCAUUCAUACUGACUGAAUGCAGUGAGUCAUUAAAAUAAAACCUUAGUAUGUUUUAUAUGUAUGAUAAUCAUCUAUGCAGUAACUAAGACUGAUCAGAUUUUGAAUGAGUAAUUCCUCUCCAUCCUUCAGGUUUCUAUCUUGAUGCCUCCUAUCUCAAAAUCCUUUUCUGAGGAUUUUCACUUUUAAGGCCUUCAAUGUAACAAUCCUCAAAUCGCACAUGAUUAUUUCCCUUCUGAGAAUUGAGCUGCUGACUGAAUGCAGCUAACUUGAAAUUCCUUUGUAACUUGCCUGUCUCUCCCUUCAGCGUCCCUUUCAAUAAGCUCAGCCUCUCGUCUUCCUUACACUGAUGCUAUAUUCUGCCCUGUGGACACCGUUCUCCUAUUACAUUAUUUUUUGGGGUUUUUUCCUCGGGUACAAUACUGCUUCAUAUCCUGAUUACUAUAUUACCUUCUUGCUUUUAUCAAUUACACUGCUUCCCACCCUGUCUUAAAACUUUGUGAUCACCAUCCGUGCCUGAGGUUCAAAGUUCAUCUUGGAGGUUUCAUUCUACAGCUUUAUCUUCCCUAAUUGCCUUUUGCCUAGUCAUCUCUUUCACAAGCUAAUUUCCAUUAGCUCUGGCUGGAAUAUCUUCCCUGCUCAUAUACUCAUUAUACAACUGAUUUUUUUUUUUUUUCCCCUGAGCGCCUGGUUUCUACAACACUAUCUUCCCCUUCAACCCGAAAAUGCACUUUUGUAGCAAAUUCCCUGUGAUUAAGAAAAAGGCUGCUCUAGCAGCAAACUCUAAGACUACAUGUGUAUCUAUAUAAAAUGCUAAUUAGGUAGCUAGUGAAAUCAUCUCCCUUAUAUUUUUUUUUUUAAAGUUCUGGUAGCCCUUUCUCAAAAAAAGCUUUCCAGUCUCACUUGUAUGCAGGUGCAUCGUGUUUAAUUCAGGCUGUCAGCCCCUUGAGCAGCAGCCUGCCAUUUUGUAGUAGUCUGUAGAAUGCUGUACACGGCUGUGGCACUGGAGAAACAGCAAAAAUAAUACCGAAGGUGGUUAGGCUGAGAGCUACGACAGAUUUUCAUGUCUUUCUGAUACUGAAGUAAUGUGGCAGAUGGCCUAAUUAUUAUUAGCAGUUCCUUCCCUAGAAAAUCAAUCCUGAGGGGAGACAUGAUGGCCAUUUAAUACGAAACACUUUCUCCCGAUGCUGUCUGUGGGAGUAAUUCCUUAACUUAUUAUAUAAUGUCUAACAAAAUCAGAAAAGUUUGGUGGUAUGGGUCUUUCACCAAUAGUACAGAGGUUUCUUUUGGUUUUUUUUUUAAGCUAAUAAAAUCUUCAUUGUCACUGAAGCUAGGCAUACAUCUUUUUUUUUUUUCUAAGAACACUCUUUCAAAAUUAAUUUUGAGAAUUGUUUUCUAUAUCUAGGCCUUUUCCCCUUUUGCUAAGUUAAUUGUGAUAUUUCCAUUAACUUCUAGGUCCUUUAUGCCCCAAAGGAUUAUUCAUAUUCACAGCCUCCCUAUUUCAAGGGCUGUGUGGUUUUUUUUGCAACAUUCAAUUUGAGCAGAUUCUGUCUGGAGCCCCAACCCUAAUCUAGUUAAAUCUAUCUGGAGCUAUUCCACAACCUGCUAUUGCUGUUUAUUUUUUUUUAAAAGCAAGCAUUAAUUGUUGGCGAAUUAGGUUUUGCAUUGCACUGUUCUUCCAAUCAUUACUCUCUCAAGUCCCACUACCCUUGGGCUACCUCUUUACUUACUCUACUUCGAUAAACAGCUAUGCACUGCAAAUGCUUCCUGAUAUUUACGUGACGUUGGCAGAACACAGGCUUGAAACAAAAAUGAAAAUUGCUCAAUCCCUGCUAUUUUCUUUAACAUUGUUUUCAUUUUCAAACAGUUUCAAAAACAUCUUGCCUCCUCUUUUGUAUUUCUUCUGGGUCACAUCAAUGGAUACAAGCUAUGAGCCACCUUUUGAAGCUGCUAUGUAACAAACACUUUCUGUUAAUGCCAAACUCUUUAUUUUACCUGGAAAAUGUUUUUACCCUUUUAUGGUAAACAUUACCACAAAUCUUGCCUUCUGUUUUAGCUUUUUCUCUGU